CUUUAUAAUACCCCAUUGUUUUACCACUGUACUCAUUCUCAAAUGCAAUGAAGUUCUUACAACUUACACUGACAUCAUACAUCCGAAGGCUGCAGUUCGACUAGUUUAAGCGAGCCUCGGUACCGAAGGAGUCUUUUACGCGAACACGACCUCGUUCUAGUCAUGUCCCUCCAAACCCUCAUUCUGGACGUGCUGAUCGAAAUCCUAAGCUAUAUCGAAGUCCGCGAUAUCCUUUCCCUACAAUGCACUUGCAAGGGUAUCGGGGGAGUCACUCAGCUUCACACCGUGUGGAAGAACGUUUUAGAAAAGCGCAUAAUUCCCUCUGGCCAAUCAGUUUCGCUACCGUCUAAUGUCCCUCUAUCUGACCAAUCCGCACUCGAUCUUAAACGAGCAGCAAUAUAUGCUGCGCGUCUAGAACACAACUGGACAUCUGUAACACCCAGGGUUUUCGCACGUACACAAUUCUACAUAGGACCAUCGCGAGUUAAUAGCACGUUCUUCAUCCCUGGUCACAGCGGAAAGUAUUUGUUGACUGUCAGUGGUGGCGAUGAGGUGUCGAUAUGGUAUCUAGAGCCGGAUCUUAGAAGAUCCUGGAAGAUACUUAACUGGAAUAUUCAAGGAGUAAUUAGCAAUGCGGUUCCUAACAGUGACGGCUGGGCUCGCGCAACAAUAGCUCUAUCGCACACUUCAGACCGGUGCGCAUUCUUCAACUUUUUUUUCUUCUGAGCGUGAGUUAAACGAAUUCCAGACGUAGAUACAUCACCCUGUACAACCUGACCUUUUGUGAUGAUGGGAGAGGACACCCAACAGCCACCUACGAGCAGAUCUUCGAGGGUGAAUUCCCUGAUCGGUUGGAGAUUCUUCGUGGGAACCUUAUCGGGAUGUAUAGGAGGUUUCGCCUCGGAGGGUAUCUGUUCAAUUAUCAGAGUCAAGUGACGAUCGAACUCCAAGGUGUAGCAGCUCAACCUUUCGGCCUAUGUUUGGCAAAGGAAGUUCUUAGCAAUUGCGUUAUAAUAGUUCAGUCUCUGAGCAUCAGCAUCUUUGCGUUGCCUGAAAU